CGUAGCACAUCGCUUUUUCUUGGUGGAGAGCGCGUUUCUGGCAACGAAGUGCGUAAUCAGAAUGUGCUUGCCGUGAUGUCGAUCGCAAAUAUUGUGAAAAGUUCACUUGGACCAGUAGGAUUAGAUAAAAUGCUUGUUGAUGAUAUCGGG